UUGAGCUUUUCAGAGUAGCUUGAGCUUUUUUCUUUCUUCUGUGUAGCUUGAGAUUUUCUUCUUUCUUGCAACAAUAUGGACGGGUCGUGGAGAAAUCGUGGAUUCUCAUCUUCAUUAACGGUAUUCUUAAUCCUCUUAUGCAGUUCUUUAUGUGUAUAUUCCAUAGCGAAAGAGGAAUCAACAAAGUUAGGAACAGUAAUUGGUAUCGAUCUUGGUACGACAUAUUCAUGUGUGGGUGUUUACAAGGAUGGACAUGUUCAAAUCAUAGCAAACGACCAAGGUAACCGUAUUACCCCUUCAUGGGUUGGGUUUACUCCUAAAGAACGUUUGAUCGGUGAGGCUGCAAAGAAUCAAGCUGCUUCUAAUCCUGAAAAUACAGUCUACGAUAUGAAAAGACUUAUCGGAAGAUUGUUUGCUGAUAAAAAUUUACAGAAGGAUAUGAAGCUCUUCCCAUAUAAGAUUGUGAAUAAAGAAGGAAAGCCUUAUGUUCGUGUCACGAUCAACGAUGGGGAGACUAAAGAUUUCAGUCCUGAGGAACUUAGUGCUAUGGUUUUAACUAAGAUGAAGGAGACAGCUGAAGCGUUCCUCGGAAAGAAAGUUAAGGAUGCCGUUGUCACUGUACCUGCAUACUUCAAUGAUGCUCAGAGACAGGCUACAAAGGAUGCUGGCGUGAUUGCUGGUUUAAAUGUCGUGAGGAUCAUCAACGAGCCGACAGCAGCUGCUAUCGCCUAUGGUUUGGACAAAAAAGGUGAAGAGAAGAACAUUCUUGUUUUUGACCUUGGUGGUGGUACUUUUGAUGUCAGUAUCUUGAAUAUUGACAAUGGAGUUUUCGAGGUUCUUUCCACAAACGGAGACACUCACCUGGGAGGUGAAGACUUUGAUCACAGAGUUAUGGAUCACUUCAUUAAAUUGAUCAAGAAGAAGCAUGGGAAGGACAUCAGCAAGGACAACAAGGCUCUUGGGAAGCUGAGGAGGGAGUGUGAACGUGCUAAGAGAGCCUUGAGUAACCAACAUCAAGUGCGAGUUGAGAUUGAGUCACUAUUCGACAGCGUGGAUUUCUCAGAACCACUGUCCCGUGCUCGUUUCGAAGAAUUGAACGCUGAUCUAUUCAAGAAGACCAUGGGACCUGUGAAGAAGGCUAUGGCUGAUGCUGGACUAGAGAAACACCAGAUAGAUGAGAUUGUCCUUGUUGGUGGAAGUACUAGGAUUCCCAAGGUUCAAGAGCUCCUUAAAGAAUACUUUGAUGGAAAAGAGCCAAGCAAAGGUAUCAACCCAGAUGAGGCUGUUGCUUACGGUGCUGCUGUACAAGGAGGUAUCUUGAGUGGAGAGGGUGGUGAUGAAACCAAAGAUGUUCUUCUAUUGGAUGUCGCCCCACUUACUCUCGGUAUUGAAACUGUUGGUGGUGUGAUGACCAAGGUGAUCCCUAGGAACACAGGCAUCCCAACCACGCGAUCUCAAGUUUUUAGCACUUACCAGGAUCAGCAGACCACUGUCUCUAUUCGUGUUUUCGAAGGUGAAAGAAGUCUCACAAAAGACUGCAGGGAGCUUGGAAAGUUUGAUCUUACUGGAAUUGCUCCAGCUCCAAGGGGAGUCCCUCAGAUUCAAGUCACAUUCGAGGUUGAUGCCAAUGGUAUUUUGAGUGUAAGGGCUGAAGACAAGGCAAGUGGAAAGGCAGAGAAGAUCACUAUCACAGCUAACAAAGAUCGUUUGAGCCAAGAGGAGAUUGACCGAAUGGUUCAAGAGGCAGAGGAUUUCGCAGAGGAAGAUAAGAAGGUCAAGGAAAAGAUCGAGGCAAGAAACAAGUUGGAGAGUUAUGUGUACAACAUGAAGACCCAGGUCAAUGAUAAGGACAAGCUUGCAGACAAGCUGGACUCAGAUGACAAAGAGAAGAUUGAGGAGGCAGUAAAGGAGGCUCUUGAAUGGCUUGAUGAGAACCAAGAAGCUGACAAGGAAGACUAUGACGAGAAAUUCAAGGAAGUAGAAGCUGUUUUAAAUCCAAUCAUCACUUCCAUGUAUCAGAAAUCUGGUGGAGCUACUGGUGCUGGAUCACCAGAAGAUGAUGAUGAUUCACACGAUGAGCUUUAGGAAAUUUCUCUCUCUUAAGUUUUUUUUUUUUUUUUCAGUUUGUCUAGUACUAAAGGAAAUUCUAUGAGCCUUUUUUUAUGGUUCUGUAAUUUUAUUUGCUCUUUUUCAUUAACAUUAUAAUUGAACACUUU